CUCUCGCUGGGAAUGGCGGAGGGAGAGAAAAACCAAGAUUUCACUUUCAAGAUGGAAAGUUCGUCAGACUCAGCUGUGGUUUUACCUAGCACUCCUCAGGCCUCUGCGAAUCCAUCAUCUCCCUAUACAAAUAGUUCACGAAAACAACCUAUGAGUGCAACACUUAGAGAAAGAUUAAGGAAAACAAGAUCUUCAUUUAAUUCCUGUUACAAUGUGGUGAAACGUCUUAAAGUAGAGAGUGAAGAAAAUGAUCAGACCUUUUCAGACAAACCAGCAUCUUCCACAGAGGAAAACUGUUUGGAAUUUCAAGAAAGUUUUAAACACAUAGAUAGUGAAUUUGAAGAAAAUACAAAUUUGAAAAAUACUUUGAAGAAUCUCAGUGUCUGUGAAUCUCAGUCACUUCAUUCUGGAUCAUGCAGUGCUCUCCAAAAUGAGUUCAUGAAUGAGAAUCUUCCUAAACAAAGAUUAAACGAUGAAAAAGCCAAAUUGGUGAAGCAGGUUCAGGAGAAAGAAGACCUUCUUCGGAGGCUAAAACUAGUCAAAAUGUAUAGAUCAAAGAAUGAUCUGUCUCAGUUACAGUUGUUAAUAAAGAAGUGGAGAAGUUGUAGCCAGCUGUUGCUUUAUGAGUUGCAGUCAGCUGUGUCUGAAGAGAACAAGAAACUGAGCCUUACUCAAUUGAUAGACCACUAUGGGUUAGAUGAUAAAUUGCUGCACUAUAACAGAAGUGAAGAAGAAUUUAUAGAUGUUUAAUUCCUGAUUUUUGCUCCAGAAUAUCUUUGAGAAUGACAACUUAAUUAAAAGAUAUUUAGGCACUUUUUUUUUUUUUUUUUGGAGACUGAGUCUCGCUCUUGUCACCCAGGCUGGAGUGCAAUGGCGUGAUCUCAACUCACUGCAACCUCCACCUCCCAGAUUCUAGCAGUUCUCCUGCCUCAGCCUCCCGAGUAGCUGAGAUUACAGGCACCUGCCACCACGCCCGGCUAAUUUUUGCAUUUUUAGUAGAGACUGGGUUUCACCAUGUUGGCCAGGCUGGUCUCGAACUCCGGCCUCAGGUGAUCCACUCGCCUAGGCUUCCCAAAACUAUUAGGGCUCAGAGGAAUGUAUCCCGAUGAACAUCAAUUAAGGGUACUCUAAUAUAUAAAUUAUAAACUAACUUCUAGAAGGAAAAUUAGUAUUUUGGAUAGACUUGCCAAAGAAAACUUGAUAUUUAAAUCAUGUUUAAAAAGUCAUUUGGGCAGUUCUGGAAAUUAGUUUUAAUACAUUUGUUUUUUGUGGCAAAAAGUUUUAUUUUAAAUGUUAAAAAUUGUCCACUCUGGUAAAUGUCUAAACCUAAAGUUUAAAAAUUUCUGCCUCCUAAGUUUAUGCACCUUGUUUCCAUCCAUUUACCGCAUAUUUCCAUCUGAUAAUCUAGCAGGUAAUUAAACUCAUAUGUCCAAAACUAUA